UUUAAGAAAGGGCAAUGAUAUUGUUCAUCGUCUUCCUCUAUCACUAUAUUCAUCCGAAUACACCGUUCAUGCGAGAGGCGGAGCAGGACACAGGUGGUUGUGACGUUGUUGCCAUUGCUACCCUAAAGAGACGGCAACACCGUUAUCUUUCGCGGUUGCUGUUCCGGUCUCAGGCGGUCGUGACUAAAACGUGAAAAUUGCACAGGCCUGUGACCAGUCCCAAGACUAAAACAGCAACCGCACAGGCGGUCGUAACGUUGUUGCCUGGAACGCGAAGGAAAACGGUCACGACCAUCACAAACGCCAGCUAUUGAAGGGAGAGGAAGAGGAAGACGAUAAACCGCUACAGAAGAGAAAGACGAAGACGAUGACAGAGGCAGAGGAAGACGAUGCUUAGAUCAUCAAAGCUCCGUCCCUUCAUAUUAGAUCGCCGCUUGCAGUCACCUAUUAAAAACCAAUCACAUAGGCAGAGGAAGAGGAAGAGAAAGACAAUAAACAGUAUCAUUGCCCUUCCUUCAUAUUUUUCAAAAAAAAAAAAACUUUAUUUUAAUUAUUUUAUAAAAAUAUAUGUAGGGCAGAAAGUUGUUAGAAACCCUUUUCUUAAACCAAGGGCACAAGGUAGACUGCGUAAGGCCCUCUGUUGUCUUCAUCUUCUUUUUCUUUGCGCUCCCCUCUUCCCCAAUUAUUACUGUUUUGGGAUUUGCGUUGAUAAAAUUUCCAUAAUUUAUCACGCGCCUAGUGUUUUUGGGGAUUCGGAUUUUGGUAGGCCUUGAGUUCUAUGGAAGAGAAAAAUAUGCUUUUGGAAUUGCCAAGCUAGUCAGAGAUUUUCGAAUAUUUUAUUUUGUUAACCCUUUAUUUAUUAACUUGUCAUGGAUUCAAUAUCUAAGCAAUAUUUUAGGCUCUUGUUUUUGUUUUUGCUUUUCUUUUCUGGAAAACAUAGUUUUUUUCUUCUUUAAAAUUUUCCGGGAAAUGGAAGUAAGUUCUUAUGAGUUAUGUUUGAACAGAUUUGUAGCAAAGGAAAAAGGUUAUAAAACAGAGUCGAUUUCUUCGUAAUGAUGGCAUUGAACUGAACUAAAGAUACCCACCUCCCUUGUUAAACUUUAGCGGAUUUUCUGUGGAUUUACGUUGAAGAAGAAGAUUAUAUUGUUUUUACAAGGUUUAUCUUUAACUGUAAAUAAUGAAUAAACAUUUCCGUUCGAAGGUUUGUUUUUCAUUCCGGGCAAAAAAAGAAAGUGAGGGUGAACAAGAAAAUAAAUUGUUAAAAGAGGCUACAGAAUGGUGCCAAAAAAACGCUGGAUUUGCCCUAUUUAUCGCCUCCAAAACCGGCUUUUCAUUAGUGUCGGACAGUCGGAGGAGUGAAAAUGUAUGAGAAGUGAAGCUAACGCGUUACAAAUUUUUAACCCAGUCUUAGGCCCAUGCGACCUUUAUUAUGCCUUUUGCAUGGGGUUCCCUGAACUCCACAUAUAUAUAAACUUUCGGCACACGAUCCGUUGCACUUCAAAUUUCAACGAAACCUUCUUCCGCUACUUCUCCUCCUUCUCUAGAGUCUCCCUUCUGGAUCCUCUAGCUGUAUAUCUCUUUCUCCUCAUCUGGGUUAGUUUUCUCUCAUUCUCUCCUGUCCAUUGGAUACUAGAACUGGUCUGUUUUUCCAUCUGGUAUUGCUCUCAGCUCCUUCAACCAUCCUUCAUGGUAUUGGAGUUCGUGUAAUAAUGUAUAAACUUUUAUUUUUUUCAAGUGGGGCGGGGCUGUUUAAUUGUUUCCAUCGUUUCUUAGAAGUUGGACUUCCGAGAAGGAUGGUUUUAUUUAGUUCUACAAUUCGUUGUCCAUAGAUUUUUCCCUACCAAUUCGUAGAGAUUGAUACUAGUGCUUCGACUUAAUUGGGUUCCGGAAUGAGUUGAUUAUUGAUUGCAUAGCUUUCGGUUUGGGUUCGGAUUGGAUUUCAAGUUUCGGCUCCGUUUCUAGGACGAUUUUGACUUAAAACUGUGUACUCUGUUCUUGUUUGUAUAUAAAAUUUCUGUACUAAAAUGGGUUUAGUUCGGGCGCCCACUAUGAGAAGUGGAGAUUACUUGGAAAGGAUGAUCAAUGAGUAUGUGGGUGGAAAGGCAAAGAUGAGAGUUCACAGAAGCACUUCUGUGCGCCUUUUCGCUUCUCUCACCUUUCUGCAAUUCGCCUUUGCAGUCUAUGCCACUUUUCUACUGUAUUACAUGAGUCCUGCCGUAGAUUCACGCACAAAACCGGACUUCGCAUGGGCCGGCCGUAUUGCCAACCACUGGAAGCAGUUCAUUGUCCAACCCCAUAUUCUCAGACGUUACCAAGAAGCCCCUGCCCUCCUUGGAGCUGAAAUUCCAUCUAUCACACCAUCUGUGGUCUGUGAGCAUGAGAAGAUUGAUUUUGUACAGAAGAAGUCGAAUGAUACCCAGAUGAUCAAGUUGAAGAGGGAGCUCUACAAUGAGGUUUUGGAGUUCCAGAGCAAGACAAUUGGGACAGAGACUCUCUCCCAGCUGAUGGCUAUGAGCUCAAAGUGGGAUAUGCGAGGUCCAAACAUCCCAAAAAUCACUGUCAUAUUAAACCAUUUCAAGAGGAAAACACUAUGUUCGCAGCUCAACUCCCUGCUCCAGCAGACGCUUCCCUUCCACAGCGUCUGGGUCCUCUCAUUUGGGAGCCCGAAGGAACUCUCUCUGAAGAGGAUUGUGGAGAGCUAUAAUGAUUCGAGGAUCAGCUUCAUCAGUUCGAGCUAUGAUUUCAAGUAUUAUGGAAGGUUCCAGAUGGCCCUUCAGACAGAAGCCGAUCUUGUCUACAUCCUCGACGAUGAUAUGAUACCUGGUAAAAAGAUGCUACAGAUAUUAUCCCAUGUGGCAGGAAUAGAUAAGUAUAAAAAUUCUGUUCUGGGAAGCAUAGGGAGGAUCUUGCCUUUCAGACAGAAGGACUACACGUUCCCAAGCUACAGAAAAUUCCGUUCCAAGGAGGCAGGACUUUAUUUGCCUGACCCUGCCUAUGGUAUCAUAGUUGACAGGAUUGUGCAGGUGGAUUUUCUCUCUAGCUCAUGGUUUUUAUCGGCUGAGCUUGUUAAAACACUUUUUAUAGAGACACCAUUUACCUUCAUGACGGGAGAAGAUCUGCACCUCAGCUAUCAACUUCAAAAGUACAGAAAUGCGGGAUCUUUUGUUCUCCCAGUUGACCCAAAUGACAAAGAAACCUGGGGUGACAGUGAACACAGGCUUGCCUAUGUGUCCGAGACCACUGUAAUCUUCAAAGACAUUGUUCAAGUCAGAGAUGAUCAAUGGUGGCGAGCCCUCUCCACAGGUUACGUGACUCAGUGGGCAGCAAUGUAUCCUCAGAAAAUAGAUGCACUCUUUUACGCUCAUUCUCUUGAUGAGGUAAAAGCACUUGCACCCCUUCUUGAAAAAUUUAGGUCCACUGCUGGCAAGAAGGCUUAUAUUGCCCUCUCAGGAGGUCGUUACUGUCCUUGUGAAGAAGCUGCAACUGCUCUGAACUGGCCCAAGUCGGUUUGCAAAGAAAGAAGAUUCAAGAUUUUUUAUUUGGGAAUUAUGUCUCUUUCCGGUGUCUCAGAUUCAGAGGUACCUCUCUUGCAAGCUGUAUACUCAAGCAUGAAAGGGUUGCUUAAAAUUCACAAUCCUAGUGUGCUGAUUACUGUGGCGGAUAUUGAUUUAAAUGUGAAAAAAGCUCUGGAAAUGGCAUUGGAGGCUAGUCCAAACAGUUCAACCCUGGUUCUUCUACCAAGAUCUUCUGUGCCCAAAGUUCUCUGGAUGGCUGAUCUACGUUCAACAGCAUUACCAAAUUGGAGUCGGAUGAGAAUCUCUGUUAACAUCAUUACCCAAAACCGUGCUCCUUCUCUGAAAAGGCUUCUCAAAUCAUUGAGUGAUGCUUACUAUAUUGGGGAUGGGAUUCCUAUUAGCUUCAACAUGGACAGCAAAGUGGAUGAAGAGACUCUGAGGCUUGUGAACUCAUUCCAGUGGCCCCAUGGCCCCAAAACUCUAAGAAGAAGAAUCAUUCAAGGAGGGCUUAUCCGAGCUGUGAGUGAGAGCUGGUACCCAUCAUCUGAUGAUGACUACGGCCUCCUACUUGAAGAUGACAUUGAAGUAUCUCCAUACUACUAUAUAUGGAUUAAAUAUGUUCUCUUAGCCUACCACUAUGAUCCACAAGUCUCCCUUCCUGAGCUCUCCUCAAUCUCUCUCUACACCCCAAGAUUGGUUGAAGUAAUGAAGGAGAGACCCAAGUGGAAUGCAACUGAAUUCUUCAAACACAUACAUCCAAACACACCUUAUCUCCACCAGUUGCCUUGCAGUUGGGGUGCAGUUUUCUUCCCCAAGCAUUGGAGAGAAUUUUAUGUAUAUAUGAACAUGAGGUUCACAGAAGAUGCCAAGAAGAACCCAGUUCAAAUUCCAAAAUCUAGAACAAAUGGGUGGCAAGCCUCGUGGAAGAAGUUUCUUGUUGAUAUGAUGUACCUUAGAGGUUAUGUCAGUCUGUAUCCAAAUUUCCCCAACCAAACAAGCUUUUCAACAAACCAUAUGGAACCUGGCGCUCACAUUAGUGCAAAGGAUAAUGUUUUUAGACAUGAUAAGUCAGAUUUUGAAGUGCCACUUUUGAUGGAGGACUUCCGGGGAUUGUUGCCAGGAGGGAAGUUGCCUCCAGCGUCAAGAUUGCCCUCAUUGAAUCUCUUCAACCAGGCUGUGUCUCUGAAGGGACUGAAGCUAGCAGGAGCAAAACUGGGGCAGGAUGUGAUUGGUUGCAAUAAUAUGACAGAGAUUGUGGUUGUUGAUAAUGAAACCGGUCUGCCUAGCCGGUGUGCAAAAUUAUGAUAUCAUUCUUUUUUUUUCUUUUGCAUAUUUGUUGGUUUAAUCUUUCGUAAUUGGGAAUAUGGAAGAACUAGUGGGAUUCAGAGGUGGGUGCUGUUUCUUCCUUACUUUGAUUCCUCAGGGAAUGAAAAUUCUUGGAGGUAAGGGAGGGUAUAGUUCUAUUAUUGUGUUUAUUAAACCCUCUCUUGGGGACGAUUUCUCAUCAAUGUAGCUAAAAGUGGCCCUACUAAUUGGAAUUUAAGGCUUUACUUAUGGGGAUGUCUGUCCCUCUCA